GAGGCUCCACCUCUUCCCUUUCCCCGCCUGCAGGAAGUAAGAGCCGGGCGCGGCGCGGUCUUCGGUUCUUGCUGCGCGCCCUGCGCCCGAAUUUGUAUCGGUCGCUGGUGCACAUUCACAUAGAUCAUGGGGGAUUCAGUGCCUCAAGAGAAAGGACCAUGGUAUUCCCAAAAUGUCUAUGUGAGAUACUGGAAGCAUUACAACCAAGCCAUGGAGUGGAUGAGCAGGCACCGAUAUGCUUACAGGAAAGCCAUGGAGUCCUUGUACAAUCUGCCAUUUCCUCCGUCUGAAAGUCUUCCCAGUGGACGCUACUCUGAUUGGGAUGAAGGGGAGCCCUUGAGGACCGGGUCCUAUUCUGCUUUCACACGAGGGAGCCAACCCAGGCUCCCUCCCGGGUCUCAACAUGCCCCUUGUAAUGCCACAGGCAGAGGGGUCGUGGAAAGCGAUUCCGAAACAGACACCGACUCCGAAGACGAAGCGGAUAUCGAAUGUGACUUGAGCAACAUGGAGAUCACAGAAGAGCUCCGCCAGUAUUUUGAGCAAACAGAGAAGCACCGGGAAGAGCUGCGAAAACAGCAGGAGCUUGAAGCAGAACACCAGGACAUGUAUGUCGAAGCAGACCACGACCUUCACCUAUCGACAGGCCGAUCGGUACAGCCCCCAGCUGAGAAGCCCGGCGAAAGGAGAGGCGCUGAAAUGAAGAAACUCUAUGGCUUGGGUGCCAGCAAAAUCCAAGCUAUGGAGACCACCAUGCAACUCAACUUUGAUAGGAACUGUGAUAAAAAGCAACCCAAGUACUGGCCAAUUAUUCCCCUGAAACUCUAAGGUUUGCAUCCUUUUUCCUUUUAGGAAUCUCAGGGCUCCAUAAAUUGAUGCUCGACCGAGCAGAAGGAUUCAGUGAAUGAAUCAAGAGUCAGCAAAAGCCCCCUUUCUUAUUUUCCUUUCCUCUUUCCAACUCUAUUUGAAUUUGUCUGCCAGUUUCCAGAGCCCAUUCCAACCCAACAGGAA